CCUCUCUCAAACCACCACCACUCUCUUUCGCUCUCUCCUUUCCCUGAAGUGCUGCAGCGAGAGAGGGCUGCAUCGAAAAAAAAAAAGAAAAAAAGAGAAAAACUGUCGUGCGCGGGCAGUUGCAUCCGAUCCUAUUCUACACUAAAAGCCCCACAAAAUUUUUUUCAUUCUUUUUUCCUGAGAGCAAAUGCAGAGUCUGAUGCAAUGGCUAACAAACAGCUCGGUCCAAUCUUCUCGCCCUAAAUGACGCCUGGCCUGUGAUUGCCACAGCCAUUGUGGUUAAUCUCCUGUGGUGACUGCAGACUCAAGAGUUUCCUUCCUUGCUGCAUCCCAGGACCCACUGAUCUCACCGUUCCUCUAACUUCCCUUUACAUUUGCACCUUUUCCUCCCUCUUCCCUCCUUCUUCUUCUCAUCUUUGCUCCUCUGCAAAGACCUACUUUUAGAGUCAGAAUGGAGGACACUUACAAUAACAGGACUUCCCUAGUUAAGGGGGCCAAGGACAUGGUCAAGGAGGCCAAAAAGCAGGCAACAAAGAAAGUCAACAAGGUGGUAGACCGUGCUACAGAUGAAUAUUCUUCUCACCGCAACUACGCUCGGUUCCAGGAUGAGGAAGACGAAGAUGAGGAUUUCUACCGGAACCCACCGAGACAGGACGGUGAGAGCUACCGUGACAAUGAGGAAGGCUCGAGCGAUGCAACAGAGGGCCACGAUGAUGAGGAUGAGAUCUACGAGGGCGAGUACCAGGGGAUCCCCUCAGCAGGAGACAAGAAGCAGGGCCAGGUGGCAUUGGGACAACCGUUGUCAGAUGCCACAAAAGACAAGAGCGAGCUGGAGCAGGAGAGGCAGGCUGACGAGGAGGAGCUGGCCCAGCAAUAUGAGCUCAUCAUCCAGGAGUGUGGCCACGGCCGGUUCCAGUGGCAGCUGUUUCUGGUACUUGGGCUGGCACUCAUGUCAGAUGGGGUUGAGGUGUUCGUGGUGGGCUUUGUGCUGCCCAGUGCAGAAACAGACAUGUGUGUGCCCAACUCCAGCUCGGGAUGGCUAGGCAGUGUUGUUUACUUGGGAAUGAUGGUCGGAGCGUUCUUUUGGGGAGGAAUGUCUGACAAAGUGGGCCGCAGACAAUGUCUCCUGAUCUGCAUGUCCACGAAUGGCUUCUUUGCCUUCCUGUCAUCUUUUGUUCAGGGAUAUGGCUUCUUCCUUGUUUGCCGUCUCGUCGCGGGUUUCGGGAUAGGAGGUGCUGUGCCCAUUGUAUUCUCCUUCUUUGCGGAGGUGUUAUCCAGGGAGAAAAGAGGAGAACACCUCAGCUGGCUGUGUAUGUUCUGGAUGAUUGGCGAGAUCUAUGCAUCCGCUAUGGCGUGGGCCAUCAUACCACACUAUGGUUGGAGCUUCAGUAUGGGUUCAGCGUACCAGUUUCACAGUUGGAGGGUGUUUGUCGUCGUCUGCGCCCUACCCUGUGUUUGUGCUGUGGUGGCGCUUACCUUUAUGCCUGAAAGUCCCAGGUUUUACCUCGAGGUGGGGAAGCAUGAUGAAGGCUGGAUGAUCCUCAAACAGAUCCACGACACCAACAUGAGAGCGCGUGGGCAGCCGGAGAAAGUCUUCACUGUAAACAGGAUCAAAAUCCCCCAGCAGCUGGAUGAAUUUGUUGAAAUGGAAUCAGAAUCUGGGAACCCAGUUUCCAAGGCCUUCUUUAGGAUAAAGACUGAAGUUCAUGGGAUCUAUCUGAACCUUAUGAAGUGUUUCAACUACCCUAUGCAAGAAAACAUGUUGCGACUGGCCAUAGUGUGGUUCACACUGUCAUUCGGAUAUUAUGGCCUGUCAGUCUGGUUCCCUGAUGUCAUCAAACACCUUCAGGCAGAUGAGUAUGCCUCCAAAGUGAAGAUCCAUAACAAUGAACGCAUCGAAGACUUCACCUUCAACUUCACCCUGGAGAACCAGAUACACAAAAACGGUCUCUUCAUUAACGACCAGUUUGUCAAUAUGAAGCUGAAGUCUGUCACCUUCAUUGACUCCACCUUUCGUCACUGCAACUUUGAAGAUGUUACAUCGGUGGGCUCCUUCUUCAGGAACUGUACUUUCAUUGACUCGGUCUUCUAUAACACAGAUAUCCAUGAAUCCAAAUUAAUUGAUGGCACAGAGGUGAUCAACAGCACAUUCACCCACAACAAGACAGGGUGCCAAAUGACUUUUGAUGACGACUACAGUGCCUACUGGGUUUACUUCAUCAACUUCCUGGGGACCUUGGCUGUUCUUCCAGGCAACAUUGUGUCUGCUCUUCUCAUGGACAAAAUUGGGCGUCUCUCAAUGUUAGGUGGCUCCAUGAUCCUAUCAGGCAUCAGUUGUUUUUUCUUGUGGUUCGGCACAAGUGAGUCCAUGAUGAUUUUCAUGUUGUGCCUUUAUAAUGGCCUGAGCAUCUCUGCCUGGAACUCCCUGGAUGUUGUGACUACUGAAUCCUUCCCUACUGUAAGGAGGGGAACAGGCUUUGGGUUCUGCAAUGCUCUGUGCAAGCUGGCUGCAGUCCUAGGGAACCUGAUCUUUGGUUCUCUUGUCGGCAUUACCAAGGCCAUUCCUAUCCUCAUGGCAUCGUCGGUGCUUGUUGGGGGAGGUCUGGUUGGACUCCGGUUGCCUGACACCCGGGCAAAUGUGCUCAUGUAACACUAGUGUAGCGUUGCUCACCUGGGCUAAAAAUCUGGAUGCGUGAGUCCAAGAGACAGCCCAGUGAAUAUUUUGAGGAAGGAGUGCAACUGGCUUGGCUUUUAUAGAUCUCUUAACACACACAUGUCACUAAUGUACUAUAGGUAAAGCGAAACCGCAACCACAGCUUUUCACAGUGUGUCUGACUCUCAUACAAAUCUAGUCUUUGUGACGCAAUUAUAAGUUCAACUAUUUUGUGAGUGAUUCAUCUAGAGAGUUCUGCAUGACCACAGAGACUUUGGUGGAGUUUGGUGUGUUGAGGUUGCACCUUCCAGCUACAGUCAUAGCCUCAUGUAGUAAAACUGCAUGGUUAAAAUCUGAAGGCUUUUAAUAUUGAUACAGUCUUAUUAAGGCAAUCCAGAUGGGUAGAAAAGUGAAAAACAAGCUGUAAUGAGCACAGCCAACCUGCUGUGUGACAACGCAGGGAAUAGAUGAUCAGACAGAGCAUACUCAUGACACAGCUGUAUGCCAGCUGGCUCACUCACAGUACCAACAAUCAGCACACAGACCAUGUGUGCUGACAGCUAUCAUGCAGAAAUAAAUAUAAAGCAAAACAUGCAGUAGGAACCUUAUAUAUGAGAUACAUAUAUCUAAUUAUUUUCACAUUCUUGCAUCUAACAUGAGUCUAUAUACACACAUCGCUGUAUUUUGACCAGUGUGAUAUUUGCUCCUACAUCAGCAACCUUUUCAAAGAAGUUCAUUUACAUCAGAGACCAAGCUCUUUGCACUACCUACCCAACCCUAGAAUCAAAAAGGCCAUAUAGAAAAACUCUUGUAUCAAUAAUUGUAUGUCAUGUUGAAUAUGAAGAUGGAGAUUUUUUUGUUUUUGUGAAAACCAGAAUAAUGAUUUGAUUUGUUCCUUUUGUCCAAAUCUCUUUCUAUGUGUGGUAUUAUUGUAAAAAAAAAAAAAAAAAAAAAAA